AUGAACCAAGCCAGACCAGCCAAAGAGCAAAGCCCGACAAACCCAGAAGCAACCAAAGCCAGCAAAGACAAGCCCGAACAAACCAGACAGCCAGCCAGCCAGCCAGCCAACCAAAGAGCAAGCCCGAACAAACCAGAACCAGCCAGCCAAAGAGCAAGCCCGAGCAAUCAGAAGCCAGCCAGCCAGCCAAAGAGCAAGCCCGAACAACCAGAAGCCAAGCCAGCGCCACCAAGUGCCAAGCCCGAACCAACAGAAGCAAGCCCAGCCAAGCCAAAGAAAGCCAAGCUGAAGCAAAAAAGCCAAGCCCCAAAGAGCAGCCAAAGAAGCAAGCCGAAGCAAUCAAAAAAGAAGGCCAAGCCAGCCAAAGAGCAAGCCCGAGCAAAUCCCAGAAGCCAAGCCAGCCUAGCCAAAGGAGCAAGCCUGAACAACCCAGAAGGCCACCCAGCCAGCCAAAAGCCAGCCGCCAAGAGCCAACCCGAACCAACCAGAAGAAGCCAAGCCAGCAAAGAGCAAGCCCGAAAACAAACAAGAAGCACCAGCCAGCCAAAGAGCAAGCCGAACAAACAGAGCAAGCCGCCAAGCCAGAAAAGCAAGCGAAACAAACCAGAAGCCAAGCCAAGGCCAAGCCCAAAGAGCAAGCCCGAACAAACCAGAAGCAAGCCAGCCAGCCAAGAAGCAAAGCCUGAAGCAACUCAAAGCAGCCAAAGCCAGCCAAAAAAGCUAAGCCAGCCAAAGCAAAGCCAAGCCCGAGGGCAAAUCAGACCAGCCAAAGCCAAGCCAAAGCGCCAAGCUCAAACAACCAAAGAAGCAAAGCCCAAAGCAAAGAGCCAAGCCCGAAGCAAUCCAAAAGCAACCAGCCGCCAAAGAGGUCAUAGCGCCGAGCAAUCAAAAGCAAUGCCAAGGCCGCCAAAGAAAGCAAGCCCGAAGCAAUCAGAAGGCAAGCCAGCCAGCAAAGAGCAAGCCCUGAGCAUCAAAGCAGCCACCAACCAAAGAAAGCAAAGCCUGAAGCCAAUUCAAAGCAAGCCAGCCAACCAAAGAGCAAGCCCGAGCCAAUCAAAAGCCAAGCAAGCCAAAAGCCAAGCCCGGCAAUUCCAAAAGCAAGCCAACCCAGCCAAAGAAGGCCCAAGCCCAAACUACCAAAAGCGGAAGCCAGCCAGCCAAAGAGCAAGACCCGAAAAACCAGAAAAGCCACUGCCAGCCAAGCCAAAGAGCAACCCGAGAAAUCAACAAAGCCAAGCCAAAGCCAGCCAAAGCGACCCGAAAACAAACCAGAAGCAAGCCAAGCCAAGCCAAAGAGCAAGCCAAGCAAAUCCAAAAGAAGCCAAGCCGCCAAAGAGCAAGCCGAAACAACCAGAAAAGCAACCAAGCCAGCCAGCCAAAGAAAAGCAAGCCCGAAAACAGAAGCAAAAGCCAAGCGCCAAAGAGCCAGAGCCUGACCAACAGAGCAAGCCUGAACAACCAGAAGCCACCCAGCACCAGCCAGCCAGCCAAAGAGCCAAGCCCGAACCAAACCAGAAGCAAGCAGCCCAGCCCAAGAAGCAAAAAAAAAGCCCGAACAACCAAGCAAGCCAGCCAGCCAAAGAGCAAGCCCGAACAAACCAGAAGCAAGCCAGCCAGCCAAAGAGCAAGCCCGGAACAAACCAGAUAAGCAAGCAGCAACAGCCACAAGAGCAAGCAAUUGCUUACCCGAACAAAACAAGAAGCCAGCCAAGUCCAAGCCAACAAAGGCCAAGGCCCGAAACAAAACCAAAGCAAAGCCAAGCCAAGCCAAAGAAGCCAGCAACCCGGAAACAAACCAGAAGGCAAGGCCAAACGCCAGCGCCAAGAGCCAAGAAAGCCCGAAUACCAAACCAGAAGCAAAAGAAACCCAGCCAAGCCAAAGAAGCCCGAAGCCUGCCAAAGCAAUCCAAAAGCAAGCCGAGCCAAAAGCCAAAAGAGCCAUGCCCCCGAGCCAAUCAAGAAGCCAGCCAGCCAAGCCAAAGAAUGCCCAAGCAAUCCCGAACCCAACCAAGAAGCCAAAAGCCAGCCAGCCCAACCUUAAGAAGCCCAAGCCCAAGAACCAACCAGAAGGCCCAAGCCAGCCAGCCAAGAGCAAGGCCGAACAAACCAGAACAGCCAGCAGCCAAAGAAGCAAGCCCGAACAAACCAGAAGCAAGCAGCCAGCCAAAAGAGCAAGCCCGAACAAAACCAGAAAGCAAGCCAGCCAAAGGCCAAAGAGCCAAAGCCGAACAAACAAAGCCAAGGCCAAGCCAAAGCCAAAGAAGCAAGGCGCCUGAGCAAUCAAAAGCAAGCCAAAGCCAAGCCAAAGAAGCCAUGCCCGCAGCAAUUCCAGAAGCCAGCCAAAAGCCAAAAGCCAAAGAGCCAAGGCCCCGAACAACCAGAAAGGCAGCCAGCCAAGGCCUCAAAGAACCAACCCGAACAAAACCAAGAAAAAGAAGCAAAAGCCAGGCCAGCCAAAGAGCAAGCCCGAACAAACCCAGAAGCAGCCAAGCCCAAAAGCCCAAAGAAGCCAAAGCACCGAAACAAACCAGAAAAGCAAGCCAAGCCAUCCAAAAAGAGCAGCCCGAACAACCAGAAGCCAACCAGCCAAGCCAGCCAGCCAAGCCAAAGAGCCAAAGCCCGAACAAACCAAGAAGCAAAGCCAAAGCCAAGCCAAAGAAGCCAAGCCCCGAACCAAACCAGAAGCCAAGGCCAAAGCCAGCCAAUAAGAGCAAGCACCGGAACAAACCCAGAAGAAGCAAGCCAGCCAAAGCCAAAAGAAGCCAAGCCCGAACAAACCAGCCCAAAGCAAGCCAAGCCAGCCAAAGGAGCAAGCUCCGAACAAACCAGAAGCAAGCCCAGCAGCCAAAGAGCAAGCCUGAAGGCAAUCAAAAGCCAAGGCCAGCCAGCCAAGAAGCAAUGCCCCGACAAUCAGAAGCCAAGCCAGCCCAAGCCAAAAGAAGCCAAGCCACCGAACCAAACCAAAGCCAAGCCAGCCAAGCCAAGAGCAAGCCCGAACAAACCAGAAAAGCAAGCCAGUCCAAAGCCAAAGAGCAAGCCCGAAAACAAACCAGAGCAAGCAAGCCAGCCAAAGAAAGCCAAGCCCGAACCAAACCAGAAAACAAGCCAAAGCCAAGCCAAAGAAGCAAAGGCCUGAAGCAAUCAAAAGCAAAGCCAAAGCCAGCCAAAGAAGCAAGCCCCGAAAAGGGCAAUCAGAAGCCAUGCCAGCCAAGCCAAAGCGCCAAGCUCAAACAACCAAAGAAAAGCCAAGCCAGCCAAGAAGCAAAAAGCCGAAGCAAUUCAAAAGCCAAGCCAGCCAGCCAAAGAUCCAAAGCCCGAGCAAUCAAAAGCAAGCCACCAGCCAAAGAAGCAAGCCGAGGCAGAAAUCAGAAGCAAAAGCCAAGCCAGGCCAAAAGAAGCCAAAGCCUGAGCAAUCAAAAGGCCCCAAGCCAAGCCAAAACCAAAGAAGCAAGCCUUGAGCAAUCCAAAAGCCCAAAGCCCAAAGCCAACCAAAGAGCCCAAAGCCUGAGCAAUCAAGCAAGCCACCAAAGAAAAGGCAAGGCGCCGAGCCAAUCAAAAGCCAAAGCCAACCAAGCCAAAGGAAGACAAGCCCAAAACUACCAGAAGGCCAGCCAGCCAAAGAGCCAAGACCGAACAACCAGAAGACACCGCCAAGCAAGCCAAAGAAGGCCAAGGCCGAGAAAUCCAAAAGCAAGCCAAAGCCAGCCAAAAGCGCCCAAAGCCCAACAAACCAGAAGCAAAGCCAGCCAGCCAAAGAGCAAAGCCCAAGAAUCAAAAGCAAGCAAGGCCAGCCAAAGAAAAGCCAAGCCCGAACAACCAGAAGCCAGCCAGCCAGCCAGCCAAAGAGCAAGCCCGAACAAACCAGAAGCAAGCCAGCCAGCCAAAGAGCAAGCCCUGAGCAAUCAAAAGCAAGCCAGCCAGCCAAAGAGCAAGCCCGAAGAACAAUCAAAAGCCAGCCAGCCAGCCAAAGAAAGCCAAGCGCCGAAGCAUAUCAAAGAAAGCCAACCAAGCCAGCCAGCCAAGUGCAAAGCCAAAAGAAGCAAGCCCGAAACAAACCAGAAGCAAGCCAAAGCCAGCAAAAGCAAGCCCGAGCCAAAGAGCAAGCGCAGCCAGCCAAAAGCAAUCAGCCAGCCAAGAGCAACCCCGAACAAACCAUCUGCAGCCAAAGCCAGCCCAGCCAAGAGCAGCCAGAAGCAUCAUCCAGCCAAAGCCAGUCAAGCCCAAAGAGCAAGGCACGAGCAAUCCCAAAAGCAAGCCAGCCAGCCAAAGAGCAAGCCUGAGCAAUCAAAAGCAAGCCAGCCAAGCCAAAGAGCAAGCCUGAGCAAUCAAAAGCAAGCCAGCCAGCCAAAGAGCAAGCCUGAGCAAUCAAAAGCAAGCCAGCCAACCAAAGAGCAAGCUGAAGCCAAUCCAAAAGCAAAAGCCAAGCCAACCAAAGAAGCCAGCCACCGAGGUAAUCAAAAAGCAAGACCAGCCAAAGAGAAGCCCGAGCAAUCCAGCCAGUCAACCAGCCAAAGAGCAAAGCCCAAAACCACCAGAAGAAAACCAAAAAGCCAGCCAAGCAAGGACGAACAAACCAGACGCCACCGCCAGCAAACCAGCAAAGCCAAGAAGCCCGAGAAAUCUAAAAGCAAGCCAGCCAAGCCAAAGCAAAAGCUAAGCCCUAAAACCGAACAAACCAGAAGCAAGCCAGCCAGCCAAAGAGCAAGCCCAAGCAAUCAAAAGCAAGCCAGCCAGCCAAAGAGCAAGCCCGAACAAGCCAGAAGCCAGUCAGCCAGCCAAAGAGCAAGCCCAAACGAACCAGAAGCCAGCCAGCCAAAGAGCAAGCCCGAGUAA